UCCGGUCAUGUGACGUUUUGUACAGUUUGGCCGCGCGUCUUCCAGUGUUGGCGGGUGUUUGUUGCCUGCCAGACCCGGGAAGGUUGCACUCACUGCUGGUUUCUGUUGCAUCAUUUACAACAGCAUUCACUUCCAAAUAAGAAGAAGAAGAAGAUGUCUGACUUGGCCAGAGGUGGAAGAUGUGACGCGAACAUUACCGAGCCAAGGGACAGGUCUCGUGGCUCAUCACAGUGGUCCCAUUGCAGGAAACGAGGGAUUGAUGGAAGCUUGCGCUCUAGGAGCGAUGAUGUUAAUGGUGAAGAUGACACUGAAACGAACAACAGAAAUGCCAGUUUUACAACUCCAGAAAGCAGAGGCCCAGUGUCUCGGUGUGCCCGACGGGCUGACUGGGGCAGCCAGGUGGAGGAUGACGAAAUGAGGAGAGAUGUGCAGAGAGACAUGCAGCGUUACAGGAGGAGGAUACUUGCUGCAGAUGUCACUCAGAGAGAGAGAAAGACAUCUUCUGGCUCUUCUGGCAGCUGUGACUCCAAAGAGGGUGAAAACGUAGAAAUGGACGAGACUGUGUUGCUACGACGACAGAAACAGAUCAACUACGGCAAGAACACAUUGGCCUAUGAUCGAUAUAUCAAAGAGGUUCCCAAGCACUUGCGACAGCCAGGUGUUCAUCCAAAGACUCCCAAUAAAUUCAGGAAAUACAGUCGGCGUUCCUGGGACCAGCAGAUCAAACUGUGGAAGGUCAAACUGCAUGCCUGGGACCCUCCAGCAGAAGAGGGAGGAGAAGCCAAUGCCAAUAACGUUGAGGAGCUCCUUCGUGAGGACGUUAUGGACAUCGAGCUGGACUUUCCGAUAUUAUCAGAUUCCGGGAAUGGUACAUGCUCUUUCACCACGCACAACCUGUCACUGGAGGUGAGAUUCCGGCACCGUGCCGGAAACAUGGCGCUUUCGCUUUCUCUGCCCGUGGUCAGGGGCUGGGAGAAAAUUCAGGAAGAGAGGUCCAUUUUUGUAGAGGAUGAUGACUGCGCAGGAACUCCAGUCAAAAUGCAGAAGACCGAAACCACAGCAGAGCUUGACAUGGCCUAGCUAAUUGCUCACCCUGUUGUUGAAUGUUCAUGCACAUCUCAAAUAUUUUACUUUCGCUCCCUACAACAGUAAAACUGAUAUAUAUAUUAAAAAAAAAAAAAAAAAAAAAGCCUCUGAUCCAGGUAAGUACUAUUGGAUAUACACAUUGUGUUACAAAUACAAAUAUACACAUGACUCAGGGAUUGUUUCUUUACAGUAUUCUAUCCAUGUAAUUGGUUUAUAUGUUGGUGUUCAAAGAAGCACUUGCAAUGCAUUCUGUUGUGGAAUGUGGGGGAAGUUAAAAACAAAUGUUUUCAUUUUAAUGGUUGUCAAAUUUGUGAGUAGUGUACAAUUUUAAAAGUGAAACGGCACUGGGCUGCUGUUUUUUUUAAUAGAAAUGUAACGUUUUGCGGUGUUUGUUUCUUUGUAAAGACUUUGAAAUAAAAAAAAAAAAAGAAAACUUG